AUGGUUUCAAUAAAGGAGCAUUUCAAUUGGACACAUGCCAUCUAUUUCGGAUUAUUUCUUAUCAUAAUGCCAGUUUAUUUUCUCAUUUUCGUGUGUAUUAUGAAACUUCGAAGAUCUGAUUUCUCCUUCCAAACCACUUUCUACUCCUUGUUGAUUCAACAUGCUAUUGCUGAUCUAUUCGCAAUGGGUUUAUACGCUUUCCAGAAAAUCUCCUACAUCCUGAUUCCUAAUUAUAUUUUCGAAAAGCAAGAGACGUUGUACAUUGCUCCGAUAUUCUACAACUGCUUCUUCUGGUUUAUUAUCAUUCGAAGUAACGGAGUCGCUUUGAUGACUCUUCAUAGAUUUAUGGUCAUUGUAAGGCCUACUUCCACUUUUUCUUCAAUCAUCAAACGCUCAAAACCAUGGGUUGUCUUCCUCGUUUAUUGGAUCCCACCAGUAGUUUUUGACUCUUUUUUCUACUCGGAUUCAACAGUCAGAUUUGAUAGUGUUGAGAAUUUAAAGAACGUUGUCAAGCCGGAAACUACUUUGAAAAGCACCAUCGUAUGUAUUGCAUUCCUUUUCAUAUCCUGUGUUGUUUGCCUCGCUUCUAACGUUUUCAUCAUCAAAUACAUCAGGGAAAAUAGUAAUUCCAUCUCGAAAUCCGUCCAACGCGAACUUCGACUAACACUUCAAGUCUCGUUCCCUUUCGGAGCACAACUUGUUCUUCUCUGUUUCAUGAUAUUCGCAAACUUGUAUGCCAAAACUGGAAAUACAGAGAUGAUGGUGUAUAUUCGAGAUUUUUUCCCUAUUGCAAAUGGCCUUCUUUCCUUUAUCAGCCCAUUUACUAUUAUCUUAUUCAAUAGGGAUUUGACACGAAAGGUCAAGAUAAUGCUGAUCGGAAAUAAAUCGAGAACUGUUGCGGAUAAUCAGUCGGAAAUUUCAGCGAAGACAUCAGUAGUACUGCGGAUGAGAUAA